GCGAACGGCAUUAGAACAGCGCGCCUCCAAGAAGAAGCACCCACAGCAGCAAACAGAAAAAAAGAAAAUAAAAAAACAAAUUUCCGCGGACGUGGAAGCAAACUCUUGUUUUGCUAUGUUAAUUAGAUUAUUCAACCCAGACUAUCUGAAGAGUUGAGCACAAAACAAACACUGCCACACGGACAGAUUUUUGCUGUCUCCGGGGGUAACCACGUCUGCAGCUGAGAUACUGGAACCAUUAGGCCACCAGAAACAGCUGGAUAAACACCUGAGCUAAUACACGAGGUCACCGCUAUCAAUUGUGAAUUUUAGCUGCACUCCAUGAGAGACCAGGGGAGUCGGAAUUCGGACACGUAACCACGGAUACCUCACGGAUAUCCAUCCGACCAAGAUGCGGCGACCCAAUCUCAAAUGGAUUGUGAAGACGGCCCUCCUGGUGCUCGUCUCUCUCACGCUGUUCGUGCUUAUCACCAGCUGGAUCUCCUCCAGUCCGUACACCAACAAGGUGGUACAUCAUGGCGCAGAGCCUGAGCCGGAACACCACGGCGUGGAGCCUGUACCAGAGCCGGCUGCCCGUUCGGGUGAUGUUCAGAAAGUGCCAUUGCUGAAACCCAAGCAGCCAGAGGUUAAAAAUGAACCCGAACCCGACUUUGAAGCUGAAGCAGAGCUGCAAAAGAUCGAUGAGCCCGAACCCGAGCAGGAGGAGGUGCACAAUCCACAACCCGCGCAACAGCCAGAGAAUGAAAUACGGCAGGUGGCACCGCCCGCCGACGGGACGGUAAAGAAGGAUUGGCACGAUUACACGGCCAUGGCCAGGGAUGAGCAACGCGUGGGUUUAGGUGAGAAGGGAAAAAAGGCCAGUCUGGAUGAUGAAUCGCAGCGCGAUGUAGAGCAUCGCAUGUCCCUGGAAAAUGGCUUCAAUGCUUUGCUCUCCGAUUCCAUAUCGGUCAACCGAUCUGUGCCCGACAUCCGUCACAAGCUGUGUCGCAAAAAGGAGUAUGUGGCGAAGCUGCCCACAGUCAGUGUGAUUAUAAUUUUCUACAACGAAUACCUAAGCGUCCUCAUGCGAUCCGUGCACAGUUUGAUCAAUCGUUCGCCGCCGGAGCUGCUCAAGGAGAUCAUACUGGUGGACGAUCACAGUGAUCGUGAUUAUUUGGGUCACGAUCUGGAGGCCUAUAUCAAGGAUCACUUCAGUAUUGUGCGAAUUGUGCGAUUGCCAAGGCGCACAGGUUUGAUCGGAGCCCGUUCGGAGGGAGCUAGAAAUGCCACUGCCGAGGUUCUCAUCUUUCUGGACUCCCAUGUGGAGGCCAAUUAUAACUGGCUGCCACCGUUGCUGGAACCAAUUGCUCUGAACAAACGCACGGCUGUGUGUCCCUUUAUUGAUGUGAUUGCCCACGAUACCUUCCAGUAUCGGGCACAGGACGAGGGGGCACGCGGCGCCUUCGAUUGGGAGUUCUUCUACAAGCGACUGCCUUUGCUAGACGAGGAUCUGAAGCAUCCAGCGGAUCCUUUCAAGAGCCCUGUCAUGGCUGGCGGUUUAUUUGCCAUAUCCACGGAGUUCUUCUGGGAACUGGGUGGCUAUGACGAGGGCCUGGACAUUUGGGGCGGCGAGCAGUACGAGCUGAGCUUUAAGAUUUGGAUGUGCGGUGGCGAGAUGUACGAUGCCCCGUGCUCCCGCAUCGGUCAUAUAUACCGCGGUCCAAGGAAUCAUCAGCCAAGUCCACGAAAGGGCGACUAUCUGCAUAGGAACUACAAACGCGUGGCUGAGGUCUGGAUGGAUGAGUACAAGAACUACUUGUAUAGCCAUGGCGAUGGUCUCUACGAGCGUGUAGAUGCCGGUGAUUUGACCGCCCAGAAGGCCAUUCGGACCAAGCUUAAAUGCAAAUCCUUCAAGUGGUUCAUGGAGGAGGUGGCCUUCGAUUUGAUGAAGACAUACCCGCCCAUAGAUCCGCCAGCCUACGCACUGGGGGCCCUGCAGAAUGUCGGAAAUGAGAGGCUCUGCCUGGACACGAUGGGCAGGAAGAAGCACAAUCGCAUGGGCAUGUACGCCUGUGCCGAUGAUAUAAGGACGCCGCAGAAGACACAGUUCUGGGAGCUGAGCUGGAAGCGAGAUCUGCGACUGCGGCGGAAGAAGGAGUGUCUCGAUGUCCAGAUCUGGGAUGCCAAUGCGCCCAUUUGGCUGUGGGAAUGCCAUGGCCAGGGAGGCAACCAAUAUUGGUACUACGACUAUCACACGAAGCUGCUGAAGCACGGCACGGAGGGCAGGCGAUGCCUGGAGCUGCUGCCCUUUACCCAGGAGGUGGUGGUCAACAAGUGCGAUGCCGGCAAUGUGUACAUGCAGUGGAAUUUUGGCUCGUUUAACAGAUCGGCGCUGGAUGACUACUCCAAGGAGCUGGUGCUCAAACUGUAGUCGCUGCACAUGCAAAGCAGCGAUUGGAAUCACUUGCCAUGUACUUAACGAUGUUCGUGUAAAUAAUUAAAAUAAUUAAGAUAGAUUUAGAGGCUCUACUUGCCCCGAUAUACAAUUUUCCACGACUCAAGCGCACAUUCCGCAUUGCCGCAUUAAAGACUCUUCAUAUAUAUAUUUUCAUAAAAAAUCGGAUUAUGUCUAUGGUGUGCAUAUGCCACAAAGUCUACAAUUAUUUUAACUAACUUGUGGUGACUUCUAAAAGUUUUAUUGGAUUUAAAAGAAAGUAAUAUAGAUUAAAAAACAAAAAAGCAAUUCGAUGUUUGCCUUGAAAUUGUCACAAGUCUUUCGACUUGGAUGUUUUUGUAUUCUGACAAAAUUGUUUUCAUUAAAAUGUAGAAUUAAUAAAAUAAUA